AAGUAUUGAAAGUGAGCAUGCGCGUAGUGAGAGGGUUGGUCUUCUGAAGUUUGAACCGAACUGAAACUGCCGGUCGCAGAGCUGUCAGUGACCCACCCUCUGGUGUUUUAGACUAAGCCUCCUUUGUGGCUUGGCAUGUCGAUAGUGACAGUACAGCUGGGGCAGUGUGGCAACCAGAUUGGCUUUGAAGUGUUUGAUGCUUUAUUUAGAGACUCACACUGUUCCCAGGGACUCUGUUCUAAGAGGGACAACGAGGCAUAUCAAGCUUCCUGCAGAGAAAGAUUUUUCAGAGAGGAAGAAAAUGGAGUUCCAGUUGCCCGGGCUGUUCUUGUUGACAUGGAACCUAAAGUUAUCAAUCAAACACUAUCAAAAGCUGCCCAGUCUGGCCGAUGGAAUUAUGGUCAGCACACGAGUUUUUGUCAGAAACAAGGAUCUGGGAACAACUGGGCAUACGGGUCAUUGUGCAGAACUACAACUCCAUCUUGACUCUCUCUCACCUGUACCGGUCUUCAGAUGCCCUUCUCAUUCACGAGAAUGACGCUGUCCAUAAGAUCUGUGCCAAACGGAUGAACAUCAAGCAGAUCUCCUUCAGAGACUUAAAUCAAGUUCUUGCCCACCAGCUGGGGAGUGUGUUCCAGCCUACAUACUCUGAGGACAGCUCAUUUCACUACCGCAGAAAUCCACUAGACUCUGGAACUGUAGGACCCCAGGCCUGCCUCAUGCCACGAAUUUUCGUUUGGUCGCUCUCUGCCACCAACCUAUCUUUCUAUCCCCAAACAGGAGACUUAAUGGAGCAUUUAGUUCCUCACCCUGAAUUUAAGAUGCUGGGUGUCCGUAACAUUCCUCAGAUGUCUGCGGCGUCUCUGGCGUACAGCGCGUUUACCUGGGCUGGCCUCCUCAAGCACUUAAGACAGAUGCUUAUUUCCAGUGCAAAAAUGGAAGAAGGUAUCAACUGGCAGGUGCGGCCUCCUCUGACAGGCCUUCCACCCAUUGGCAAAGCGUCUGCCCACAAGGAGCAUCAUUUUAACACUUCUCUUGCUAACUUGGUGGUCCUCCGAGGGAGAGAGGUGCACAGUGCAGACGUAGAGGGAUUUAAAGACCCAGCUCUCUACACUUCCUGGUUGGAGCCUGUUGAUGCUUUCAGUGUAUGGAAAACCCAGCGAGCCUUUGACAAGUAUGAGAAGUCUGCAGCCCUGGUCAGCAACAGCCAGCUCUUAGUAAAGCCACUGGAUAUGAUUGUGGGCAAGGCGUGGAAUAUGUUCUCAUCCAAAGCCUUUAUCCAUCAGUACACAAAAUUUGGAAUGGAGGAGGAAGACUUUUUGGACAGCUUUGCAUUGUUGGAGCAAGUUGUUGCCAGUUAUGGUAGUCUUGGACCCUAAGCCAAGAGGAAAAGCUCUUUACAGGAUUUUUGGACUAAAAUAUUUUCAAAACUGAGCUGUGCUCAGUGGUGCUUGCCUGUGACCGAGCUCUCUGGAGUCAGGAGCAGGAGUCAGGGGCUCAGGUCGUCCUUGACUACACUGAAAGUUCCAGGCCAACCUGGACGACAUGAGACACUGUCUCAGGCUAGAUAAAUAAAUACAAAUAUCUGCUUUCAGGUUCAGUCUGUUAAGUAAUAAAGUAGAAUGCUGAUUCUAGUUCAGGUGCUCUGUCCACAGACAUGAAGAAACACUUCAUGUCUGUGGACAGAAAAAAAAAGCAAUGCUUCUAUAAAGAACAUGGUUUGGGGACUGGAGAGAUGGCUCGGUGGUUAAGAGCACUGGCUGCUCUUCCAGAGGUCCUGAGUUCAAUUCCCAGCAACCACAUGGUGGCUCACAACCAUCAGUAAUGGGCUGUGAUGCCCUCUUCUGGGGUGUGUAAAGAAAGUAACAGUGUAUUCAUAUAAAACAAACAAAUACAUCAAUCUUUAAAAAGAAAAAAAAAGAAAGAAAGAACACCUUCUGUUGAGAUGGGGUCUCAAACUGUUGGGCUCAAGAUCCUGACUCGGCCUCCAGGGAGACUCUGCACCUUGGAGUCUGGUUUAAAGGAACUCGGCAGACAUCGGCUGUAAGAGUCCAAGGAGAGGAAUGUUCUGUUGCACUCCAGGUUUCUAAAUCUUCCCUCUUUACAAUGAAAAAGAUUUACUAAACAUGUUCUAAACUUCCACAGUUCAAAUGAAAGCAACAUAGACUUUUGAGUGUGUGUGCACUUUAAAAAAAGAUUUCUUUUUAUUUGUGUGUGUGUGUGGUGUGUGUGUGUGUAUGUGUGUAUAUAUAUAUAUGUGUGUGUGUGUGUGUGUGUGUGUGUAUGCGUGUCUGUUCAUGUGUGCAUGUGGACAUGUAUGAAGCUACCCAUGGAGGCCAGAGGGAACAUAGAUGCUUUGGAGCUGGAGAUGCAAGUGGGUUCUGACCCUCUACAAGUAGAGUAAGCAGGCCACCCCUGAGCCAUCUCUCGGGCUCCAGAGUGGUUUUUUGUUUGUUUCUGUUUUUUAGACAGGGUCUCUGUAGUCCAAGAUGGCCUGGAACUUGCUGUGAUACUCCAGCCUCAGCAUCAGCUUCCAAAGUGGUAAGCACUGUACUUGGUUUUUUGUUUUUUUCUUUGCUUUUUUGAAACAGGGUUUCUCUGUGUAGCCCUGGCUGUCCUGGAACUUACUCUGUAGACCAGGCUGGCCUCGACUCAGAAAUUUGCCUGCCUCUGCCUCCCAAAUGCUUGGAUUAAAGGUGCGCUCCACCAUGCCCGGCAAGCACUGUACUUGUUAAGCAAUGAAGUGAACCACUCUACUUGGGUCUGAGAAUUACAAUUCUGUAAAUAUAUUUGCCUUUGAAAAUGAUUGCUCUGAACCACAAGAGGGAGAUGUUGUCAAAUACUACACUGUGGCCAUCGGUUCUGAAGACAGUGAGAUCCUCUAUGUAGCCAUUUUUAAAAAGGCCAGGUGCAGCUGUGCCCUGGACUGAAGCACUCAGGUGACUGGGGCAGGAGGAUCUGUUCAGUUUGGAGUUCUAGGAAAAAAGAAAAAAAGAGAGGGAGAGGGAGAGGGAGAGAGAAGGGGAAGGGAAAGGAAAGAAGAAAUGCAGAAGGUGUGGCAAAUGGCUGGAAUCCUAGUUCUUGGGAGAGGGAGGUAAGAGGAUCAGGAGCAAUGGGCAGCCUUGAGCACACACCAAGCUCCAGGUCAGACAGGGUAUACACACGGCAAGACCUUGUCUCAGACACCAGAGCCAGGUGCUGGAGACAUGGCUCAUCAGGUAAAAGCACUUGCUGCCAAGCCUGACAACUGAGACUCCUCCCUGGACCUACGUGAUGGGCAAAGAGAAGCUACUCCUCUGAUCACAAUUGUGCCGUGGUAUGUGUGUGCAUGCCCCCACACACAUUAGUGAAAUAUUUAUUUUGAGACAGGGUCUCACUCUGCAGUCCUGGCUAGCCUUGAACUGUAGAUCAGAUUGAUCUCAAACUCAAGAGAUCCAACUGCCUCUGCCUCCUGAGUGUUGGGAUUGAAGGUUGGGCUACCAUACCCAGCUUUUUUUUUUUUUUUUUAAAGUAACAGGUAAAUGUGAUAAUUGUGUACCUUUUGGAGGGGGUGGGGGUGGGGGUGGGGUUGAUUGAUUGAUUGAUUGAGACUCGGUUUCUCUGCAAAGCCCUGACUGUCCCGGUACUCACUUUGUAGACUAGGCUGCAAACACACAGAGAUCCACCUGCCUCUGCCUCCUGUAUGCUGGGAUCAAAGGUGUGUGUCACCAUGACUUUUUAUUUUAUUUUAUUUUAUUUUUUUUGAGACAGUGUUUCUCUGUGUAGCUUUAGCUGUCCUGGAACUUUGUCUAUAGACUAGGCUGACUUCUAACUCAGAACUCAAGAGAGCUGCCUGUCUCUGCCUUUUGAGUGCUGGGAUUAAAGAAGUUUAUCACCACUGCCCAGCAAGACUACUAGGUUUUGAGCUGCUAUAGAAGGAAGUUUACAUGCUUUGUGGCAAAUUUGAAUUAUAUCUGUUUGUGUGAGUGAGUGAGUGUGUGUACAUGCAUGGGCAUGCUUGUGCUAUCUUGGAGGAGUUGACUCUGUGUCCAGAGGCCCACGGUCAGCUCAUAAGACUUCAUGGAGGGCACCUUUGCCAGGUUAGCCAUCCUGUCAGCCCUUCAGUAAGAAUCUCACAGCCAGGUGGUGGUGUCACGCAACUUUAAUCCCACAGGCAGAGCAGCGGCAGAGAAGCAGAGGCAAAUUGCUGUGAGUUCCAGGACAGCCUGGUCUACAGAGUGAGUUCUAGGACAGCCAGGGAAGCAAAGAAACCCUGUCUUGAAAAACAAAACAAAAAGGUGGAAUUAACAAAGAAAGACACAGGAACCACAGCUGCAUAAAAUGUGACAGUAAGUGUGAGGGGAACAGUGUAUCAAACAAUAUAAAAUAAGAGCAAAAUAGAAGCACUGGCUAUUUCUACCCAGUCUACCAGUCCUGACUUAUUGUUGCAUGGGAAAAAAAAAAAAAAAAAAAAACCAAAGCGACAGCUCCCUGCUUUCUCUCCAUAUGGAAAUGAUUACCGUUUCGCUGUUUUUCUUAUCGACUGUUGCCAUGGUUUAAAAUACUGGACCAUAUCUUAUUUCGAAAGAAUGUAGACAGUGGUCUGUUCAGCUGCUAGAAGGCACACCCCACUGGCUGCAUUCUGUUAAAUAUACUUGAGAAAUAAUUAGAUCAUAAUUCUCACAAGACAAACCCGUUCAGCCCUGGACACAUCCAAGGCCUUAACUUCCCAGUUGAUACCAAGGCUAAGGCAGACCCGUGGCUGCAUGACCUCGCUGGGGGCAAGCUGACUCAGGAAAAUCUUGCCAGAAGGAAUGCACACGAGAGAAGUCAGAAGUUGAAAUCACUUGACAUUUGAGACAGGAAUUCAUGAGGUACAAAUGGGGUGAAGGUAUUUUUAUUUGAAAGCCCUGUAAUCAACAGCAGGUGACUAUUUGAAACUCCAACGGGCACCCAGGCCACAUCCUUGUGUGUGACCUUUUUCUUUUUUCCCAAGGACUCAAUUAGUUGACAUAUGUGAAUACCAAAAUAUCUAAAGCUUGUUUUAAACAUUUACAUGGAAAAUAGUGUUUUAAGAAUUUUUAUGACUUUUUUUUUUAUUAGAGUUGCAGUUUUUACACAAAUUAACAUUGGGGACCAGAUGUGGAGACGUGUGCUUAUGCCUCCUAUACCUCCAGCUGUAGAGGAGGCUAGAUCAGGGGAAAUCAGUUGAGUCCUGGACUGAAGUCAACCCUGGCAAUAUAUUGUGAUGCCCCUGCCCUCGUCAAACCAAAGCAAACCAACACGAUUCACAGGAAGCCCAAGUUAAAGCUUCAGAAUUUAAGAUGCGAAAUGUACCUACCAGGCAGAAAACAGAAGUCCAAACCCCUGGGUAGAUACAGAAAACACCUGAAAUGUAAUUUUGAAGCCAAGCAUGGCAGCACACACCUGCCUUCAGGAGGCUUAGGCAGGUGCACCAGCCUGGACUCCGGGCGGGCGAGGAUGCACCCCAGGGCAGGGAGUGUGGUGUGAGCCGACCUUUUUCUUUAAACUACAGAAGCCAUCUCUUUCCUGCACUCUGCCUCCCUUCCAGCUUUGGACUCCCCUUCCCCACAGCAGUGACAGGUCCAUCAUUUGUAAAGCCUUUCUUUCAUUCCUCCCUCCCCCCUCACUUCCUGCUCUCAGCCAGUCCAGCGACUUCUUCGAGGCAUCCAGUGAGGAGUUAUGGAUGCUGGCUCAGUACUGCAGGGGGAUGGAAUGCUUGCAAUGCAGGGUUUCCUUGGUUGUAUGAAGCUACGAUUCUGGCUUCCUAAUUACCGCUUUUGAUUGUUUAUAUACACAACUCCCCCCCCCCCCACCUUUUAAUGGAAAAGAAUGUAGUUCCAGAAAGAACAACAGUAGGGCUUGCUGGCCUGGCCUUUGAAUGUUGCAAUGUCUGCUCUGACUCGGGAUGGCUUCGCAGCAUGCAUACCAGCGAUUCCUCUUCUGGCCACCAUGUUUAUCACUCGCUUGAAUUCUCGUCCAACGUUUUGUUUUAAAACAUGCUCCAUAUGUCUCUCCCACUGUGCCUCCCCAUGAGUCCACAGCUGGCAAUCCACCCUCUCUUCUUCUGCCAUCUUCUUACCAAAUAUGGUUUUAUCAGCCGACUUGUCAAUUUUUAAGACACUUAAAAGACACUGCCUUGUCCCUCAUCAAUCAAAAAUAAAUUUUUCUUGGGGGGCA